AUGGCACACUUGCAGUGGAAGACAUACCUCAAAGAAUUUACAUUUUCAGGUUUAAUGAUUUUUACCGUGUCUUAUGUGGGUGCAAGUACCUUCCGCAAUUAUAUUGGGUACAUAUCAGUAAUCGAUGGCUCAUCAAUGACGCCGACUUUUAAUCCGAGCGGUAAAUCAGAAGAUUACGUAUUUUUUAGUACGUGGGCCAUCCGGCACUACGAAAUAAAACGAGGAGAUGUAGUGGCGUUCACUCAUCCUCGGAAACCAGCAACUUUCUUAAUUAAGAGAGUUAUUGCUCUUGAAGGUGACAGAAUCAGUACCUCCUCGAAGUAUCCCUGUAUAAUAAUACCAAAGGGCCACUGUUGGGUGGAGGGCGAUGGACGUAACAGUUUAGAUAGUAAUAUUUUUGGUCCAAUAGCUCUUGGCUUAAUAGUUGGCAAAGCAUCUCGCAUUGUUUGGCCUUACAAAAGAUGGAAAAAAGUGGAAAGUUUCCUUCCUCAAACCAAUUUGAAAUCAAAAAAUUAUUAG